UGUCACCGGAGGAAAGCGCUGUAUGUCCGGAAAGCAGCAGUGUUACACGCGGCACGGCGGGCCCAGCACAGGGCAGGGCAGCUACCGGGGCAUCGGCUAACGGAAGUGACCUCAUUCCCCUGGAAAAAGAUGGGAGACGCUGAAGUGAUCUGAGCGAGGAGGACGGUGCAGAGCGGGAGGCAGAGUCCCUGGCGGCAGUGUUGGAACUACAUUAGCAGGCUCCCAGUUGCUGCUAGCUAGGACUUGUCUUCCAUUUGCACCCUCCCACCACGGCGGCACACGUGAAGCCCACUGUGUGCAGAGUCAUCGUCUAUUUGCAACGAGAGAUGUCUGGCGACACUUGUCUGACGGCAGUGUGCCCUGCAUCUGGUGCCAAGCCUAAGACCUACAACAUUAAAGGGGGAUGCCUGGGUAACAAAUAUGUGCGGCUGAAUGUGGGAGGAUCAUUGUAUUAUACCACAGUGCAGGUCCUCACGAGGCACGACACCAUGCUUAAAGCUAUGUUUAGUGGCCGCAUGGAGGUCCUUACCGACAAAGAAGGCUGGAUUCUUAUUGAUCGAUGUGGAAAGCAUUUCGGGAGCAUCCUAAACUAUCUUCGAGAUGAAACCAUUGCACUUCCAAAGAACAGACAUGAGAUCAAGGAAUUAAUGGCAGAAGCUAAAUAUUACCUCAUUCAGGGCUUGGUAGAGAAAUGCCAGACAGCAUUACAGGAUAAGAAUGAGUCCUAUGAAGCUGUAUGUAAUAUCCCAAUCAUCACAUCUCCAAAAGAAGAAGAGAAGCUGAUUGAAUCCUCUGCUAAGCCUGUGGUCAAACUCCUGUAUAACAGAAGCAACAACAAAUACUCCUACACCAGGUCACAGAGAGAUAAGGGGACUUCUCUCUCUGUUGCUCUGUGUCCUCCACAGAUAAUGAAGUUCUCUCUGUAUGAUGUUCACCGAUCAGAUUACAGCACUAGGGCAUGUGCUGGAAGUUGGGAGUCUAGUAUAUCAUUAACACCAAGAUUGAAGAUCAACUCUGACGACAACCUCCUGAAAAAUAUUGAGCUAUUUGACAAACUUUCUCUGCGCUUCAAUGGACGAGUCUUAUUUAUGAAGGAUGUGAUUGGAGAUGAGAUCUGCUGCUGGUCUUUCUAUGGUCAGGGACGGAAGCUAGCAGAAGUCUGCUGUACCUCCAUUGUUUAUGCCACUGAAAAGAAGCAGACAAAGGUUGAGUUUCCUGAAGCACGCAUUUAUGAAGAGACUCUAAAUGUGUUACUCUAUGAGACCCCUCGAGUCCCCGACAACUCCUUGCUGGAAGCUACAAGCCGCACCCGCAGCCAAGCAUCCCACAGUGAAGAUGAUGAGGGCUUAGAGCUCAGGGAUCGUGUUCGCCGUAUUCACGUAAAGAGAUACAGCACAUAUGACGACCGACAGCUCGGGCACCAAUCUGCUUACAGGGACUGACUCUGUAUUGAGUUCAUAAGAACAGUGUGACAUUCUCUUGCAAGAGAUGUUUAUGGCCAAAAACCUAUUUGUAUGAGGAUCUUAAUAUGCCUUCCUAGCAUCCAAGCUAUUAUGCAAGACGUUACCUGCCAUCUAAUCUAUAGCUUCAAGGAUGACUUCAAAUUAGUUUUUGGAUAGCAGUCCUUAUUGCAUUAUUAGCUCAACAAUAAGUCUAGAAGAUGCUCAUUUCCUUAAAGAUUGGCUUGAUAUUGAGCAAUAGUCUGUCCACUGUCCAGCAUAUGUAAAAUCAUUAUUGCGGUGGUUUUAAUACACUUAAAUCUCACUAAUGGACGAGUCUCUAGAUCCCUUUACCUACAAUGUUAGACCGCUACAGCUGACAUACACUCCUCACUCGCGAGGGUGGCUCUUUAGUCUACUGACAACAGAAAAACUGAUUAUUUGAACAUUGAAGGUGGUGAGUUUUGACUUACUGUUACUGAUUAUUUCUGAUCUUUGUGUUCAACAAUCCCCAUUUAAAUAUACUAUGUAGGUUUUAAGGUAGUGACAAAGCCAUCCCAGCCGUGCCUUAUAGUAGUACAUAUUCACAUGUACCUGGCUGGGUGUGAGGAUUAUCGUUACUCAUCCUAAAAGUAAGACCAUCUUUAUUCUGAUUUAUAGUACCCAUCGCACAUUGCUGGCACCAAUUUGUGGUAUCUGACAUUCAUAAGUCAGAAUGUGCAAUCUUACAUUUAUUUAGUAUUUUAUUUUUUAUACAGUUCUUCUGUAGUACACCAACAUAGCCAACUGCCGCGUAAUCUAGCAAUCAGAAGUGAGUUCCCAGAGGAGAGUACCACUUGUUACUUGGCUUGCUUCUAGACCUCUUUUAGCGUUUCCAUUACAAGACUGACAAAACACAGAGCCUGCUCAGAAGCCACUUACUUACUAUGCAGGGAACGCAGCCAGCUACUGUGUUUUUAAGUUUUAUACUUUGUUUUAGUGUAGAACAUGGAUCAGAAGUUAACUUUUUUGAGUAAUACUGUUUUUAUAUGGGUAAUAUGGGAAAGGUGGCCCAGUUCUGCUAUGAAGAUGUUGUGUAUUCAAGUUGAACAGUUGCAGAUGAAAAUCAAACCGGUUACUAUAUAAUUUGACUAUUAAAGGUGGGAAUUCAGUUAUACCCGGUAAUUUACAGGGUGUGAAAAAAAAGUGGUAGCCUCUGGCUUUAACGCCCGGGGAUAUUCAAUUAGAGCCCUUUAUUCUCACCCAGUAACUUACCCUGUUAUCGAACUAGCACAUAGAAUCUGGGAUAAGUUCCCGGACUUAUGUGGUAACAUGGUUUCAGUAUGUAUUACAUAUGCAAUGCUCUAUGCACUAAUGUUUCAGGUGACUGAUUGAUUACCUUACCAUGAAAUUAUUGUUAUAUUCAUUAGUAUAUGCAAAACGCCCAGUCAGUCUUAAAGGCCUGUAGUUCAUGACUUAGUAGCUUAGUGACUGUUAAAUCAGCUAGAACCCAUGACAUACAGGAUACUUACAGCCAAUAUUGACAUAGAUGCUUCAAAUCCAUGUUUAUGUUUUAGAUGAAUAAUGAGGUUUGAUCAUUGUAGAGAACUUAAGCUUGGCCAAAAUAUUGUCUGCCCUGAUUUUAACGACGUGACAUAGUUAUUACUUUAGCCAGUUAAAUAUGCAGGUGGAAUUCCUGCAAAAUGUUAAUAUCCUAUUCGUUUUGGACUUAUCGGAAUUCUGUAUAUAAGUAUUUUAUAUUUAUACUAAUUUUAAGUAAUUGAUUUGGCACAUUCCAAAUAUUGACAUGAGAUUCCUAAAAUAAGGGUUAUUCGCAUGUGCUCCCUGCUUGAGAUUAUCCAUUUAUCUUGUAGUAUUAUUGUGCUCGAUUUACUAAACUUCUGUACUAAAGGUGCAUACACACGAUGCGGUGUAAUCUUACGUUUUGACUAUAUAUAGUCAAAAUCCUAAGGAAAGGUAGUGCAAAUCGCACUGUGUGUUCACAACUUGCGAUACCGAUGCGCGGUCCCGCAGGAUCGGUAUCGCAAGAAAAAAUAGACUCUGCAGGCAAGUCAAUCUUGACUAUAUUGUGUACAAUCUAUUACAAAGUAUAGUCAAAAUUGGCAAUUAUUUAAAAUCGCACAUAGUCAAAAUCGCAAGUACAGAUGGUCAAAAUCGGUGCUUCUGGGGGAUUUCAAGGUAAAUCGCAAAGUCAAAAUCGGGCAUAGUCAAUAUCUCACCGUGUGUACACACCUUAACACUGCAUCGUUUAUUUCAUAAAUCUGUGCUGACAAGAUUGACUUUUCAUGGCCGUGCUAUUAAAAAUGACAUCUACAUCUAUCUGUAAGAUAGUGAAGUGUAAUACCAAAUCACGGCGCCCUAUAGCCAAAGAGCCUCUGGGGUUUCUUUUUCAGAGUAAUAAAUGUAAAGCUUAGACUGUAUACGGUUGAACAAACUCCGCCUUAAUUUUGAACAGAACUGGGCGGAGGGGGUCAUUCUGACCUGAUCGCAUGCUAGCUAUUUUUUGCAGCGCUGCGAUCAGGUCAAAACUCUGCAAAACUGCGCAUGCGUAUGCACCGCAAUGCGUAGGCGCGUCGUAUGGGUACAAAGCGGAUUGGUGCUGGGCGAUGGAUUUAACGAAGAAUCCAUUCGCACAGCCGAUCGCAAGGAGAUUGACAGGAAGAAGGCUUGAUGGGUAUCAACUGACCGUUUUCAGGGAGUGAUUGAGGAAACGCAGGCGUGUCCAAGCGUUUGCAGGGCGGGUGUCUGACGUAAAUUCCGGGACCAGACAGGCUGAAGUGCUUGCAGCGGCUGAGUAAGUUCAGACCUACUCAGAAACUGCACAAAACUUUUUUGUACUGCUCAGCUGCACAAGCGUUUGCACACUUGCAAAGCGAAAAUACACUCCCCCAUAGGCAGCGACUAUCUGAUCGCAGCGCUGCAAAAAAUAGCUAGCGAGCGAUCAACUCUGAAUGACCCCCAGAGACCCUAAUAAUUAGUCUUAACUUUUUUUUGUAUUUGAAUAUAGUAUUUUUAAAAGGGGCUUAUUAUCUGACCAAAGCCAUCUGCCCUAACUGACAUGUUUUAGAUACAUGUACCCCAAAAGUACUCCUAUGUAUUCUGUAUAGUACAAAUAAUUGCACUCUUCUCUGGUAAGUUCCAGUUUGGAACUUUGUUAAAGAAUUAGCUGUCACAAACAGCUAUAGACUAGUUUUUUUUUGUUUUUUGUUUUAUUUUAACUGCUUGUAGUUGCUGCGCUUUUGAUUUUCCUAUAUGAGGUUACCUCACGACUGCACGACAGGUUAGAAAAUAGUGUCCUUAGCUGCAUUCUUUAAUAAAUGGUCAAGUAGUGUUGCAGAUGUGAUUAGUCUACUUAUAUACAUACAGAACAUCCCUAGUAGCCCUAUAUAUUUAUUUUUAAUCUUAGUUGCAAUUUAUUUAAUUAACUGCAUAGCAGCAGGGUGUGAAAAAAAAAUCAUAAUUUUUUUUAAAUAAAUAUUUCUUAUUUAAAUAAAAACAUUUUUUUAUUUGGUUCAGUUUUUUUAUUUAAAUUGGAUUUUUAUAAAAAUGAUCACGUAAACAAAUAUAAAAAAUAAAAACAAUAAUGCAAAAUUAUUUUAAAAUACUGUAACUUUAAUAUAUUUAAUUUAAAUGACUUGACAGUGUCACCAUGAAUGGCAUGGCACAGCAAACUACACACAAAUCAUACAAACUGCAAAAGGAAAGAAACAGCAAUGAUGUUAAAAGUUACAAUAGUUGCCAAUCGGUGACGUGCGAUGACUAACAUAUAUGCCAGAGUUUUUACUAUAUAAGGUAUAUGAAAAAUACAAACACCACAACCUAUUGGUGCCACCAUUGAUACAACAUUAUGGUCAAACAAGAGAUCAUUAAACGGGGUUGCUUUUGCUUGGAACUUGAUUCUGGAAUUAUCUGUUUCUUGACUGGACUUGUCUGUUGCCUGUGCCUCUUUGUAUCAUGAGUCAUACUUAACUUAGGUCAGCAAGCAAAAACCAUAGAUACAGCUCUUUGAUUAGCUGCUCUACAAAAAAAUGGUCAAAGGACUAUGGUCCAUAUUCUACAGUAUGCCUACGCCAAUUACCAGUAAUAGCUUGGUAAAAACAUGGAUGAAGACUGUAACUCUAAAUCCAUGUUAAUAUAUAUUGAAUUCUUGAAACAUGAUUGUCAAAAAUGUACAUUUUCAAAGUCAAUUUUAACAAUACUAAACACUUUGUGGGAGAUUCAAAUGUUUGAAAAGUUAGUUGGGAGUUUGUUUUUCCUAUCUAAUAGACAGGAAAAAACAGACACCCAACCGACUUUUCAAACAUUUGAAUUCCACCCUUUGAGUUUGAUUUUUUAUUUAAAACAAUGAUUUUAAAAAAAAUUAUGUGAUUUAAAUCAUGAUUUCAAUCACGUUGAUUUAAAUUAGCACACCCUGCUUAGUAGUACAGUUUAAUUGUUUUCUGAUUCUAAUUUUUGUUAAUCAACUGAUUGAUUACGUGUCCGCUUUGACUAGGUUUAGUAGUUGGUGGAGAGAUGCGCUGCGUGGACAACGAAUCCUGGCAAUAAUAUUACUUUCCUUCUGCUUUUAACUUGCAAGUUGUGUCCCUUGAUUGUAUAGAAAAUGUUUCCACCAGAUUUGGACCUUAACUGUAUUUAAAACAUAAUGCACAGUCUGCAUGAAAUGAUUGAAAGAGCAAAGAAAGCCACUAUUCAACAUUAACAGCAAAGGCUAUAUUUUUUUAUGAGCUGAAUAAUAUGCCUGACAUACCUGCAGUAUUUACACUUCAGUGGGGGGAAUUCAAAUGUUUGAAAAGUCAGUUGGGUGUCUGUUUUUUCUUGUCUAUUAGAUAGGAAAAAAUAGACACCCAACUGACUUUUCAAACAAUUGAAUAUCCCCCAAUAUGUCCAACCUGCUCUAUUUCACUCUAUUUCAGUAGGGUUUUCAUGUUAGGAGGGAGGUGCUUCUUUAACUAAAGAGGGAGAGUAUGAGCAGAGCCGGCCCUAACCAAUAUGAUGCCCUAGGCAAGAUUUUGGCUGGUGCCCCCUAGCACCACCGCUGGUUCUGCCUCUGACCUUGCACCUCUUUCCCAGCACCAUCACCCCUCACCCAUAGCAGUCCUUGUACCCUCUAUAUUUUAAAUAGGAACAGUUUGCACAUUUGACGCACAGCCCAAAAUGGGGCAACUUCCUGCUGGGAAGCGGCAUGGCCACACAAUAGUAACCCCAAUUCCAACUACGCCACACAGUACUGCAACUUUAUUCACAUUUUAUCUUGCGAUAGUGUCCAUAAUUCAUAUUACAUCCCACAGUAGUAUCACUUUACCUUAUAAACGUUACUCCUCACAGUAGAGCCCCUUAUUCACAUUACAUCACACUGAAUUGCUACUUAUUCACACUACACCACACCUUAUUGCUCUUUAUUCACAUUAGACGACACAGUAGUGCCCUUUCUAUAUGCAACACCACAUAGUAGAGCACCUUAUACACAUAAUGCCACACAUUAGUAAUGCAUUUAUACACAAUUCCACACAGUAAUGCCCCUUACACAUAUGAGACACAUUAAUGUCCUUAUAAACAUAAUGCACCUUACACAUUAUGACAACAUUUAUUAAUGCCCUUUUACACAUGUCCCUUACACAUAUGCCGCACAUUAUUAAUGCCCUUAUACACAUAAUGACACACACAGUGCCCCCUACACAUUUGCUGCACAUUAUUAGUGCCCCUAUACACAUAAUGACACACAUACAGUAGUACCCUGUUACACAUAUGCCGCACAUUAUUAAUGCCCUUAUACACAUAAUGACACACAUAGUGGCCCUUUACACAUAUGUUGCACAUUAUUAAUGCAUUUUUACAUGACACACAUAAUACUCCUUACACAUAUCCCGAACACUACUGCACAACCAACCCACUCACAUUCACACAGCACUCACACUUACACUAACACUGUGACCUCUGCCUCUGCUUGGAUACAGAUGUGUCCUCACAAAUCUUGCAUCAAUGCUAACGUUGGGCACCUUUUUUUUAAUGAAAAUACAUCUUAUUUGCAUUGCUAUGUGGCUAGGCUGCACAAGCAGCUUCUGCUGAUUAAACUGAUAUGCAGCAUGCCUAUAUACUGUGUGAGACUGUGGCUGUAUCAGCAUAUGAAAUGCUACAUACAGAAUAUAGGCAUGCCGCAUAUCAUUUUAAUCAGCAGAAGCUGCUGAUGCCCCUAGGCAUAUCAAAUGCCCUAGGCAAUUGCCUAGUUUGCCUAUGCCUAUGGCCGGCUCUGAGUAGGAGUGACAGCUUUGUAGAGUUGUUGAGCAGAAACUGACAGUGCGGAUUGGUGGAUUAUACUCUGGGCGAGUCAGUGAUGUCAUAGCAAAGGGGUAACUUUUUAUCAGAGCUGCAGUGAGAAGUCUACUUAACAAUGAACAGUGUAUUUUGUUUUAUUUUUAGUUCUGAAAAUGUCAUUUUAAAAUUAAAAAAAAAAAAUUUAUUAUGGAACUCAAAAACAUUACUACAGUUGGGGGAAAAAUUGUGAUCAAAACAAGUAGCCAAAAAUGUGCAUCGAUUUACUGUACUCCCUAUUUAAUGGAUUAAUAUUUAAUUAUAAUUUUAUUCUCUAAUUUAUCAAUGCUGUAUUUGCACAUUUUAGAAACUGACACUAUUUUCCCACAAAAAUAGCCUUGUAUUUGUGGGAGGUGACACAAAGUGAAGUACACCAUUGGCUUUCCCAGAAUAGCUCAGUAAUACAGUUGCGUAGUAUGUAUACAGUGUCCAUACAAUAAGGACUGACAAUAUUUCAUGACAUAACAUUACAUAACAUUUUUGCCAUCAUUAUUAUGCCUUUAUUAUGGCACUACUUUUAGGGCUGAUUUAAAGCACCCACUUAAAAUGUGAAUAUCUGCCUAAUUUUUGCAUUAGUAAUGAAUAUGUUUAAUGCAGAUAUUAUAUAGAAAAUGUCAAAUAUGCCCUUCCGGAAGCCGGGGUUUUAAAAUGUCACUUUCAGUUUUGUGUAUAGGAUAUUUCAGAGUAGAUGAUUUAAUAAGAAAAUCAACUACUCCAGAGGUCAUGCUACUUUAUGCAGUCAGAUCUUUGUACAUGAAACAUUGUUGUGUGACCCGUACUGCAGUAAUGUAUAGGCCAAAGGCAUGGAAUAACUUUCAUCAGUACUCCCGGAACCCCAAAAUAACAUAGCGCAGUCAUCUGCUUGCUACAAGAGUCAGUGGUGCCCCAAGAGCAAGAACUAGUCUUAAAGGUUACAACAGAAACUGAUAAUUCCAUUUGCUUCUAGGCAUUGUUUUCACUCAGUGAUGAAGUUCAGCUCACAGACAUCCAGAAGACUCAUUGGCGCAGAUGUAUUAAGCCUGGAGACGUGAUAAGUGGAAGGUGAUAAUGCACCAGCCAAUCAGCUCCUGUCAUUUUUCAGACCUGUAAUCAUUGGCUGCUGCGUUAUCACCUUCCACUUAUCACUCCUUUAUCACUUCUCCAGGCUUAAUACAUCUGCCUCAUUAAGUCACUGAGCAGAUUUCUAAAAUGAAGGUUAAAUAGCAGACCUCUGUAUAAGUAUGAAUUUAAGAUGUAGGGGGAAAAAACCCAGUAUUAAUACCACUUUCAUUGUUAUCAUUUCAUUAUUUUAAAUGAAGAAUUUAAAUAUUCAUUUUUUUUCUCUGUAUUGUCUUCUAACUUAAUCAUAGAAUUAUUUCUGUAAUUAUAGGUUUGACUGAAAAAUGAAACUUUUUAAUAAUAAAAAAGACUCCUUAUUAGAUGUGUCAUUUGUGACUUUAUUUUUAUCAUUGUUUUUUAUUAAAUAAAAGUAGCUUAUGUAAUUGUAUUUUUUUAAGUUUACCUCUGAUUCAUCAUUAGGUAGGUCUCUUAAUCUAUACUUGUGUGUUAACCCAGCCACAAAAUGAAGAUAAAUCCAUAAAACCUCUUCUAACAA